AUGAAUUUACAGAAGUUACAGUGCCAGAGAAAUGGUAUUAAGAAAAUCAUCGAGCGAUUUAUCGAGAAAUUAGCAGAGGCGAGUGAAGAAGAUGACAUGAUAGAGUUCGAUGCUACCUUAGAGACUGUUCAGAGUAAAGUCGACAUUCUCCAGAGCCUGAACGAGAAAAUUCUUGCACAAACCGACGUAGAUGCCACAGAGGACGAGAUGGUAGAAUCCGAAGAAUAUACACUCAACCUAGAAAUCAGAUUACGCAAAUUCAAACGAUAUAUCGCAGAAAGAUCUAGUCACAAAGAUAAAGAAACACAGGAAAUCGAUAUACAACCCCGAGAUACGCACCGCAUAGAUGAAAAUUCGUCAAACCACAGUGAGCAACCGCCGUCAUUACCGCCGUCUUUUCCGUGCAUGAGUACAUCGAACGCAUCGCAAUUCAGUAGACUACCUAAGCUCACAUUGCCAAAGUUUGAUGGGGACCUAUUACAGUGGCAAUCUUUCUGGGACUCAUUUGAGUCGUCAGUUCACAGCAACAUGAAUCUAAGUGAUGUGCAGAAAUUUGGAUACCUUAAAGCCCAAUUAGAAGGUACAGCCGCCAUGACAGUCGAGGGUUUCGCGCUCACCAAUGCAAAUUACAAAAGAGCAGUGGAGUUAUUAUGUGAAAGAUAUGGUCAACAGAACAAAAUAGUUCAUGCCACUAUGCAAGCGUUACUGAAUCUACCAGCACCUUCAUCUACGAUCAGCAGUUUAAGACAAUUUUAUGAUAAAAUGGAAACUUACAUCCGAGGCUUGGAAUCAUUGGGUCAGAGUCGAGACAUGUACGGCAGCCUUCUCGUUCCCAUAGUUAUAGACAAAUUACCCAUAGACUUGAGAAAAAACCUCGCCCGUGUGAAUGAGUAUAACGACUGGAUAAUUCAAGACCUGAGACGUGCGAUCAACAAGGAGAUCAACAUUCUUGAGACCGGAAGUUCGAAUCACUGA